CGCGCGGCCCAGUGCAAGUGCCGACCUCAAACUCAACUCCGCCUCCACUCCUGGACCAGCUGACCUCCCGCUCCCGCUCCCGCUCCGCCCCAUUCCCACCACCACCACCGGGGCCCAGACAGGCGCCCAAUCUCCACCCCACGCCGCGCCUUCGCCGUCUUCUUCCUCUGCUGCGGUCGGUUAGCCUGGCCGUGGCCGCCUCCUGCUCUUCUUCGAUCUCGCGCUGCGAGCUGCGAUAUGGAGCGGUACGAGGUGAUUAGGGACAUCGGGUCGGGCAACUUCGGGGUGGCCAAGCUCGUCCGGGACGUCACCACCAAGGAGCUCUUCGCCGUCAAGUUCAUCGAGAGAGGGCAGAAGAUUGAUGAACAUGUUCAGAGGGAGAUUAUGAACCACCGGUCCCUGAAGCACCCAAACAUAAUUAGAUUCAAGGAGGUCGUGCUAACUCCCACACAUUUGGCAAUAGUUAUGGAAUAUGCUGCUGGGGGUGAACUAUUUGAAAGGAUUUGUAAUGCGGGGAGAUUCAGUGAGAAUGAGGCAAGGUUCUUCUUCCAACAACUGAUUUCGGGAGUGAGCUAUUGUCAUUCCAUGCAAGUAUGUCAUAGAGACCUGAAACUAGAAAACACUCUCUUAGAUGGUAGUGUUGCACCUCGGCUCAAGAUCUGCGAUUUCGGUUACUCCAAGUCUUCUGUUCUUCACUCUCAACCAAAAUCAACUGUUGGCACACCUGCAUAUAUUGCUCCCGAGGUCCUCUCUAGAAAAGAGUAUGAUGGAAAGGUUGCUGAUGUUUGGUCUUGCGGAGUCACACUAUAUGUGAUGCUUGUCGGCGCAUAUCCUUUUGAAGACCCUGAUGACCCAAAGAACUUCCGCAAGACGAUCACUAGAAUACUCAGCGUACAGUACUCAAUUCCAGACUAUGUUCGUGUUUCAACGGAGUGCAGACAUCUGCUGUCUCGGAUAUUUGUUGGAAAUCCUGAGCAGAGAAUAACCAUUCCUGAGAUCAAGAACCACCCGUGGUUCCUCAAGAACCUGCCCGUGGAGAUGACCGACGAGUACCAGCAGAGCAUGCAGCAGCUGGCAGACAUGAACACCCCGGGGCAGAGCCUGGAGGAGGUCAUGGCGAUCAUCCAGGAGGCGCAGAAGCCAGGGGACGCCGUGAGCCUCGCCGGGCAGCUGCCCUCCUGCCUGGGGAGCAUGGACCUUGAUGACAUUGAUUUGGACGAUAUCGAUGACAUUGACAUCGAGAACAGCGGCGACUUCGUUUGUGCGGUGUGAUGCUCUCAUGCGUGCGUGAUUCAGGUAGCAGAGUAGCAGAGAGCUCCCUUUGGUGGUUGGUGUAUGUCUGUAGAUCCUUGUUGUGUUAUGUUACUUCCAUUCGUUUCUGGAUCACGCAUGUUGUGUAACCGAGAAAUUGGCGUUCCUGUGGACAACAUACAUGAUGAACUUAUAUGCUGAAAUCUACCGAAAAUCCUCUGUGAUCUGCUGAAUGAGCACAUCGGUUCCCCUGCGA